GUUUGUUUUUAUUUGUGGUGAUUUUAUCUGAUGGAGUGUUUUUGGUGAAUUAUGUUAGAAGAAGAAAAGGAAAUAGGUUUAUUUAAUGUUUCUACUUUAUUAUUAUUAUUGUUAUUAUUAUUAAGAGCUAAUUAAAUAGAGAUUCUUCAUUUCCAUUCAUUGAAAAAAAAUCAGAGAAAAGGGACUCCUUUCUGUGAUCUCUCUGAAUUUCUUUUUUUCUACUUCUUUUUCUUUUUUGAAAUCUCUGAGGGGUCUCUAUUGUUGAGAGGGAGAGAGCGAAAAUCCUUGAGAGUGACUUCCCUGGAAGGAGAGAUCUUUGUUUCUACUGUGUGCGGUUUGGAGAUUCUUUUCUUUUCUUGAUGUAUUUAGUCAAGUAUGUGUUUUUCUAACUUGAUAAACAAUAUCUUUUAGAUACAGUUUUUAUUUUACUUCAUUUCAUAUAAAAAUGAAAUCCCAGGAAUAGAUUUUGAGUGCUUUUGUAAUGGAUUCAAAGAGAAAAAAGGAUUAUCCUCCAGAGGAAGAAGAUGAGGAUAAUAGGGUGGUAUCAUCGUUUCCUGAUGAGAUUUUAGAGCGUGUUCUGGUAUUUGUGAAAUCACACAAAGAUAGAAGUUCUGUUUCUUUGGUUUGUAAAGAUUGGUAUAGUGCAGAAAGAUGGAGUAGAACACAUGUAUUCAUUGGAAAUUGUUAUUCUGUUUCACCUGAAAUACUGAUUAGAAGAUUUCUCAACAUUAAAAGUGUGACUAUUAAAGGAAAGCCAAGAUUCUCAGAUUUCAGUCUUGUUCCACUUGAUUGGGGUGCUAGUAUUCAUUCAUGGUUACUUGUUUUUGCAUCAGCUUAUCCUUCACUUGAAGAGCUUAAGUUGAAGAGAAUGACAGUAAGUGAUGAAAGUUUGGAGUUUUUAGCUCAAUCAUUUCUACAUUUUAAAGCCCUCUCUUUACAAGUCUGUGAUGGAUUCAGUACUCAUGGGUUAGCUGCCAUUGCUACUCAUUGCAAAAACUUGACUGAGCUUGAUAUUCAAGAGAAUGCCAUUGAUGAUGCUGAAGGCAGGUGGCUAAGCUGCUUUCCCGAAAGCUUCACAUCUCUAGAACUACUCAAUUUUGCAAGUCUCCAAAGUGAAGUUAACUUUGAUGCUCUGGAGGCGCUAGUGGUCAGGUGCAAAGCACUGAGGGUCUUAAAGGUUAAUAGAGGUGUAACCUUGGAACAGCUACAGAGGCUGCUUGCGCGAGCUUCUAGACUUACUGAGCUUGGGACUGGCUCGUUUUCGCAAGAGCUCGCUCCUCAGCGGUGUGAGGAACUUGCAAUUGCAUUCAGCAACUGCAAGAAACUAUACACGCUCUCUGGUCUGUGGGAUGUUAGUUCUCUACACCUCCCAGCACUGUAUCCUGCCUGUACCAGUCUAACUUACUUGAAUUUGAGUGAGGCAUGUGUGCAAAGUACAGAACUCUCUAAGCUGCUCCCAAAUUGCCCUAAUCUUCGACGACUCUGGGUUUUAGACUCAAUUGAAGACGAAGGUCUGGAGGUUGUAGGUUCAAGUUGUCCCUUACUUGAGGAGCUCCGUGUCUUCCCAGUUGAGCUUGAUCCCUUCGAUAUGGAACACGUUGGGGUUACAGAGAAGGGCUUAAUUGCUGUUUCCUGUGGCUGCUCUAAUCUCCACUACGUCCUUUUCUUCUGCCGGCAGAUGACAAAUGCUGCUGUCGCUACUGUGGUGCAAAAUUGCCCAGGCCUCACCCACUUCCGCCUAUGCAUUAUGACUCCACAUGAGCCUGAGUACCUGACUGGGGAACCUAUGGAUGAGGCUUUUGGUUCAGUGGUCAAGACCUGCACCAAGCUACAGAGGCUUUCAAUAUCCGGCCUAUUGACAGAUCUUACAUUCGAGUACAUUGGAAAGUAUGCCAAGAACUUGGAGACUCUCUCUGUUGCAUUUGCAGGCAGCAGUGACUUGGGUAUGAAGUGUGUUCUGGAAGGAUGCCCUAAGCUGCGCAAGUUAGAGAUACGAGAUUGUCCAUUUGGGAAUGAAGCACUACUGUCAGGGUUUGAGAAAUGUGAGUCCAUGAGGUCCCUUUGGAUGUCAGCCUGCAAAGUCACAAUGAAUGGUUGUAGGCUUCUUGCCGGGAAGAUGCCAAGGCUGAAUGUAGAGGUGAUUAAGCAUGAUGAGAGCGAUGAACUUCAAGCAGAGAAAGUUUAUGUUUACCGUUCUGUUGCUGGGCCAAGAACAGAUGCCCCAUCUUUCGUUCUCACCCUCUGAAAAUGAACUUGCUCUAGGCUGAAAAGGUUCUCUCGAUGAGAUGAAUUUUAACAUCUGAACGGGAGUAAAGAUUCUUCCCCUUGCAAG